UCCUUUCUGUCACUUUCAAACGAAACGUAAACAAGCAGAAGUGAAUCAAAAUAAAAUUAAUUUACCUUAAUUUUCACAUAGUUUCUCACCAUGUCUGCAUUCAAAACCUUGCGCGAUGUUAGCACUAACUUCAAAAGCGAUCUGCAGCGUGUUUCUACUGAACUACACUCAGCUGAAAUUGGAGAUAACUUAGAAGACAAGAUUGCUAAGAAAAUGCAAGAUUUAUCAGUGUUUACUUCAAAACUAAGGCUUUUACGGGCCAAACCGUUAGCUGAAAACCCACAAAUAGCGGAUCAAGAACGAAACGAGCAAACGACACUCAAGGAAUAUGAAGACACAGCAACGGCAAAGGUGUUGGAGCAGCAGAUCAUCAAGUUUCUAACACAGUCUCAUGCUGUGAAGGCACUCAUAACGUCUCCAAGUAGAAAACUGGACCCUGAACUGGUUGAGAGAAAAGAAAAGAUCAUCACAAGCCUCGCAGAGUUCCGUCAGCAGGAGUGCCAGUUGCGGCACCUCCAAGCGUUACUAACGGAGAGGGAGGCCCAGCUUGCAGUGGUGAGGGAUCAGUGGGACACCGAGCUGGGACAGCUGAGGGACAUGCGGGACGGAGUUCACGGCAAUGAAGAGGUUGAGAUGGGACGGUUACACAAAAAACUCCGAAUGCUCGUAGACAAAAUGGAAUCCAUGAGGUGGCUGAUCGCCAAACUAGUGAUGUGCCGUACCGGCAACUACGAUUGGCAAUCGGACCCGCACAAGAGACUGAACGCCCUCAAAAUGGCCAGGCAAGCUAACACAAUCGAGCAGUUUUUGGAAAGCUGAUAAUUCCCAUUUGCCCCACUGAAAUUCCCAUUUGUCCCCACGAAAAUUCCCAUUCGGUCCCACAAAAUUUCCCAUUCGGCCCCAUUAAAAUCCCAUUUGGCCCUACUAAAAUUUAUAUUUGCCUCAUAAAAACUAAAUUACAUUA